CGCUGAUUUUCACCAUAAGAUAUCGGUUUGAAGCGAAGCGCCAGUGGAAAACGCAGUUGAAAAGUGUACACUUUUACGCAAAUCGAUGUGGAUUCUGGAGUCAAGAUCUCAACGGUCGAUUUUCUUUAACGAGCGUGAAAGUUCUGCGCCUGUGAUCUAUUUAAGCCGUCUGCAGCAAUCCAAAGAGAAUGCGGAAAAUGUGUGUAAUAAAGUUAUAUAGAAACGUGUUGCGGCAUCACAACGUGGUGACCAGACGUCGAUCUUGGAGAAGCAACGAAACUAGAUCAACCAUCGAGUGACUUUUCCAAGACAGCUGAACAAAUAUUGCAUAAUAUCAAAAAACGAGAAAACCCCCCAGCAAUUGCAGAGCUACAGUACACCAGUUUUCAUCAGACGGUGAAAACAAGAAAAAGAUCAAAGUAUCGUUCACAAAUGCCAUCACCAGGGCGCGGAAAAUUGCCGGCCGGUUUUGGUGUGAGUGAGAAUGUUUGUGAAGAUCUCGACUUGACAGUCACGGUGCCGAUGGACGCUGGUCAUGUGAAAAACGAAGAAAUGCGAUAUUUUAUGAAGCAGUGACAAAUGUGAACCCAUCCCGUACCCAGUGAGUUCGGUUCCGUCAUUCGUGACGGUAACAACGUCUGCGGUGGCGACGAAUUUUGCAACCAGGAUUUCUGAACUUCUAAAAGUGCAAGGUUUAGUCCGAAACGAGAGAUAGCUGUGCGUGAAUUGUCUACAGCGGAGAGUGAUUUUAGACGUCGCGAUUGCUAAAUAUAGUUAGGUAGCGUACCGUUGAGAUCACCUACGCCUCCAGCCAUGGCUAACCAUCCAUCGUCUAGAUUUAGAAUCUCAAGAACCAUGCCAUCAUGGGUGACCGAGAGCAGCGAUCGGGUUGGUCCUGCGCCUCCUCCCCCGCCGAUCAAUACAGAUCCGGAGUACGAAGUCAUCGACGUUGCAAAUCAACAAUAUUCCAACACUCCUCCUCCUAUUCCAGUGAAAUCGGCUGACAUCAAAAGAAUGACCGUCAUGAAGUGCGACUUGUGUGGAUCUGUAACGCCGGCUGUUCGUUGUGGUCAAUGCGAAAACAACAUCUUCUGCGCAUCUUGCGACGAUCGCUACCACCGUCAUCCAAAGCGUCAAACGCAUAUGAGAACGCCCGUAGAAUUGCAAACCACUACCGCUACCACCUCCACUGCGGUGAAGCCCCCGUUGCCGCCGAAAGGCGAGGCUAGCACGAGCGGUCCCCUGCCGCCACCCAGAAGAAACAAACGUCCCGGUAGUUUUAUCUUUCCCAGUCCCCUGCUAGGCCGCAAGCAGGACCAGGACCAGACCAUCCCAACUACCAUCCCACAAGGGUCAGCCAAUGCUCAAAAACCACCGCAGCCACCCCCAAGUCCGGCUUUGUCGCUCCGUGAGAAGAUGAAUUCACUCAAGCGAUUCAUCCAUCCAUCCAAUAGGCCUCUACCGGAUCCACCGGAGAACAAAAUUCACUCUUCCACAUCAUCGUUGGAUACUGCUUCGAAACGAUCGUUUCCCAUCGGCACUCCCAAGUCUAUGUCCAGUACGAUGGAGAAGAUUCAGAACAACACGGCUGCGACCCUGGAUCGAAUGACCAUGCUGCAGCAGCGUUACCGUCAGCACCAGGAAGCAAUGCGAUCCGAUAACGAUCGAAGCCGACGAGCAAGUCUGGCCUCCAAUGCCGAUGUACAGUCAUCAGUGCAAAUUAUUCGCACAAAACCACCAUCAGUUCCAUCAACAACACUUAAUCAACAGCAACAACAAUUCCAUCAACAGCACCAUGCGUUGCAAUCGAGAUGGAUCGAACCACCGACACCCAGAAUAAGAUCUGGCAGUGUUGCUUCGGGUAUCAAUCUGAUGCCCAGUGCUUCUUCACCAGUGCCUUCUGAGAGCAAUGCUCUGAACAAUAGUAAUCAAUCGUUUAUGUCGCCCGCACAGCGUACGGAUUUGGGAAGCAGUCCAGACCCCGGGCUGCCCAAUCCUCGCAGUACCUCUGUCUUUAAUCUGAACCAGAUGCACCAUCAACCGGCACAGCCAAAUUUGUGGGGCUUCAGUCCACUUCAGCAGGCACAAUCUAUGGCACAAAUAAAUUACAAUCAAAUGCACUGGAAUCAAAUGAAUCCUUGGAUGGCAGGUCAGUCUCAAAAUGGCUCAAACAUGAGCCUCAACAUGCCAUCGUCGCAGCAUUAUCCUCACGAUCAAUCGGGAUACCCGCCAGGCUGGAACAACCCAUGGGGUGGAAUGUAUCCGUAUCCUAUGGGUAUGAUGCCCAUGAUGCCAGGAAUGGCAAUGCCUCCACCACGAUCGCGAGCCCAUUCGCGUUCACGUGCAGCUUCCCCGGCUCUCAGUAUCAAGUCACGGAAAUCCACUAUGUCAAUGCGCAAUGCCAACCGUAGCAGCUACAUCAACGAUCUUACAGAUGAUGAAGAUUCGGAUGAAGACUUCACAAAAGCCCGCGGUAGACGAGAUCGCCGUCAUCGAGUAAACUCGAACAGUAGUCUCGAUUUUGACGAGCCAGAGCCGAACGCAUUUGUACGGUCUUCAAGCGUAAAACCGUCCAGAUUCAAUCGGGAUCGUCGUGGGGCAUCCUCGGCCAGGUCGUUAAUUGACUAUCCAACAACGUACAAGCGUGAUAUUCAUCGUUCUAAAUAUGAGCGGGAAGAGCUACUACGUGAUCGUUUCGAUAAGAUGUCACUAUCGUCGCAACGAAAGGUUACAUCAGAUUCUUACACAAAUGAUUCCGAUGGAGAAUCGAAUCGUCGAGGAUCCAACAAAUCUAAAUCUAACAACGAAAGCUUCAGCUCUCCCCGUAAGAUUACUUCAGAUUCCAUGACCAAUGAUUCCGAUGUGGAUUUUGAUAGACGCCGCGUUACAAAGCAAAGCCGGUCUCCCAGUAACAUACCAUCACCAGUGAAGGUGCCUUCGGAUUCAUUUACGAACGAUUCAGAUGCUGAAUUCGAACGACGGAAACAACAAAGGUUAAAGAAUUCUGGACUUUUGUCGCCGAAACGUAUGGAAUCUGAUUCGGUGACCGGUGAGUCGGACGUAGCACGAGAAAAAGCUAAAGGAACGAGCAGUAGAAAAUUUUCCGAUACGGAAAAGAACAAAGUUGUUAAGCCUAAAGCAGGUAAAACAACUCCCAAGAAAACCCCAUCCGAUUCUCAUACUCCUGACCCAGAUGCUGAACAAAAACGCAGAUUCGCCGCUAAGAAACCACUGAAAAAGAACUCUAGUACAGAAUUCAUUCCAAAUGAUUCAGAAGCCGAACCCGAACAACGAGGAGAAGCAAAACGAAAGAUUUCCAACAUUAGUAACGAAUCUCAUACAACAAAAUCUCCACCGAAAUCGAACGAUGAUGACGAAAAGGAACAUUUGCAAGCAGUUAUAACCAAGAAUCAAAUCAACGAAAUUAAGUCUGAGCCGGUUCAGUUUCUUGUGGAAGACUCACCACCUCCACCACAUCCCAUAAUUGCACCUGAUCACGAAUGGGAGUGCGCAUUUUGUACCUAUGUCAACGAAGCUGGCGUCAAAAUAUGUGCUAUUUGCUGCAAAACUGCUUCUGCAGCUGUCUCAGCAUCUACAACGAGAGAUCCCGAAAUUCCACGAUCACCACCGCCGGAUGUCGUCCAAGAGCCACCCAGUGAAAAACGAGCGGUACCAAGUCCGACAUCGGAUGUGAAGAAACAACAGACGAUCAUACCCCAACCACCGACCAAAGAGAUCGAUACCAAGAAGAAAGACUUUGAUGAUCGAUUUGAUGAUGGUGUUGAAGAAUCAGAAAAGGUUGAUGAUUUUUUUGUCGAGGAAAAUCAGUACGAAAACCAUGACAUUCAGUCCGCGAUCCAAGUGAAAUUGGAAAAUCCAAAAGGCAGUGGCGAAAUCAAGCAAAAUCUAGACUCAGAAGUUACUAAGCAUGUGAACAAUAUAGUGAAUGAGAAAGUGUCCACCGGAUGCGGUCCGUCCCCACCGCGAGAAAUGGUCGAACCCGAAGAAAUUGCCCCCGUUGUUGAAAGUAUGCCGAAAACUUCAGCUAGGGCUUCGAUCGGAACGUCUCCUCCCCCGCAAGAUAUGUCAACGCAGACAUACGAAACGUUCGAAAAAGUGCGCGAAGACGUCGCAAUCAUCGAGCGAGUACAGGACAAACCCACCAACAACCUGACCCAACCACAGUCAGGCGGCGUUUACCAAAGAUCACACUCACUAGCCACCCCUCAGUUACUGCAAGUGGGCAACCCGUUCUCGGACGAUCGGCACCAGAGCUUCUCGAAUGACACCCAGCAACUGACUAGCAGUCUGCUACGCAAGCGACAAAGUCUUCCACCGACUCCGCACGAGUUGAGCCCUCAGCCACAUCAGCUGCAGCAAAAUGAAACUCAUCCAUCGUCAAACAUAUCACCCCAUCUCGAAGACGACGGCAUGUCCUACCUGGACCGUGCCAUACAUCAAAUCAUCCAAACUGCUGCUGCUAGGACGAAUUUUGGAUUAACGCGGCCACUUGAUCAGCACAAGUAUCGAGCCAUGAACGACCUAAGGCGCAUUGACACCAGACCGAGCCAAGUGCUUCACGAUAGACGACAGACGACUACCAACAGCAUGAACGAAGCUUCAACGGAUGCCACGAAAAUGAUGGAAUCGUUGUCGAUCAACGGCCAAAGUAAUUCAUCUGAAAAUGAAUUGAUUAAUCUUAUAAAGGAAGCGGCCCAACAUAACUUCACUGCUGACGAGCUGCAGGCAGCGUUAAGUCAUUGCAGAGACAAGCAUCCUGUACAGUGGCUUCGUGACAACUGGUCCAAGCUGGUCGAUACAGUGCAAACAUUGGCUACAAAGUACGGUCACGAGAAACGAGAAAACACGAUUGGAACUAUUUCAUCGACUGAAGCACGUGAGGCACUGCGCCUUCAUAAAGGCAACAUUUGGCAUGCCAUCACGGAAUGUAUUGAGCAACGCCAGAGAAAGUAUCAUGAGAUCGCUUCGAAAGGUAACUUCACCCGAGAAGACAUUGUUACAAGUCUCACGGCACACCAUGGAAAUUUGGAACUUGCCAUGGUAGAGCUGAGUAAAACACAACUUAAACCCUUCCUUAUGCGUAUCUGGGGUCCUCCGAAUGGAGCCGACAACGACUCUGGUAACUUGCUCCUACAGCAAGCUCUAAAAGAGGAUCGGAGUGGAAUCAGCACCGAAAUCCAGGAAUUUAUAAGUGCACAUGUCGAGAAAGAACUGUUGUCGGACAAGAUUCCAGAGAGUUCAACAACCGAUGAAGUAGAAGCGGUGAGUUGCCCCGAUGUCAAGCCAGAAGCAUGCAUGGAUACUACUAACCAUACUGCUAUCAAUGGAAAUGGUAAAUGUGAACUCCCAGAAGAAGAAUCCGUUACAUCUAAUACGCUAAUUCUAAGAGACAUCGAAAAACUCAUCGAUCAAAUGGAGAAGAAUCAGGAGAACAAAAACGAGGAUGUGCUGAAAAACAUUCAGCAUCUUCUUGCCAAACUGGUAGAGAAGAACGGAUCUCGGCCAGCGUCGCAAGCUUCGGUACGUUCUGAAUCAUGUGAACGCAUCACCGUGAAAAGCCCAAUUCCACUUCCACGCACGAAUCAACCAUUCGAGGACGAAACGAAACCAAUCUACGAAGACAUUCGAAAUUUCAUGGCGGAAAACAUCCAGGAAAUACUACCAACUCUUGUGGAUCAGGUCCAAGAAGAACUGAAAAGUGUACCGAUCCAUGCUGAGAUGACGCUAGAAGACGACAUUCGAGAGACUCUCAUUAACGCAAACUACUCGGAAGAGGAGUAUUCGACGAUCAGCAUUUUCCCAUUCAAAACAAAUGACAAAAGUAUACACGAGUUUCCAAACCAGAACAAGAAAUCCUCGAUGGGUUUCAAAACAGCCCAAGAGGAAGACAAUGAAUACGCCAACAUACAAGACUUUCUGAUGAAAGCUAUCAAAACAGAACGAUUGACCAAUGAAUUCGAGCAAUACAAGACGCAGAACUAUCGAUUCGACAGUAGUUCGGACGAGGCUAGAAACACCGCUGAAUCAACUGACUAUUAUGAUAUAGUUGCUGUAAACCAACGCAUUCAGGAAUUACUCGACAGAAAUCGUGAAGUAGUGUCUAGUUUGGGGCCCCUAGAAGUUGCACCUCCGAAACAAACCGAGAAUUUAAUCGAGGAAGCUAUCUACGUUAACACAACAGAAAUAGCAGCGAUGACGGCAGCACUACCAAGUCCUCCAGAGACGCCGGAUAGAAAACAGGUGAAGAAGAGACGCGUAUCCAGAAUCCCUGUUAACAAAGAUAACUACCUUCAGCGAAGACCGGUUAAAAGUUCCUCAGAGAGUGACUUUGAAGUGAUUGCACAAACCCAUAAAUCACCCAUUCCAACUGUGCACGUAGAUCAUGUUGAGGAACUACGGCAUGUUGUAGAGAACAUCGAACAAAUUGAACAGGAGCUGGAUAAACUGUCAAAUGAUUUGGACAGUCCGAUUGUUGAAGUAGAGCAACCAAUUUACGACAAUAUUACAACGACUGCGGAAUUAACUGUAGUAGAAACACAAACUGUGCAAGAACCCGUAGCCAACGACGACAAUCCUACAACUAAUCAUAGUUCCAAUGAGCAACCCGAAAUAAUUCCCGAAACAUUGCCUGUCAUUUCACAAGAUCAUGAGCCACAUGAUGAAACUUCAAAUAUUAAAGAAACUAACACAAGUGGCAGCACUUUCGAAACCGUGACAAAUAUUCCACAAAAUAUAGCUCAGAACGUAGAACCAUCUAAAACCCCCAUUCCUGAGGUAGUAGACAACUCCAAUCAAUCCUUAGAUCCUUCUGUCCCCAUUUCUCUUGAUACAGUCACAGUAGCAGCACCUGAGGAUGCUCCCUAUAGCCCUGAACCAUUGCUGAAUUCACCUUCGGAAGAGCCCCCUAUUGUACCGUCUGCUACAAACCUUACAAUUAUCGAAAUUGUCGAUGCGCCUCAACCAGAACAAGAACCGCUCAAAGACGAGCCGGCAACGGUAUCGCUAUCCAAACCUUCCAACAACCUCUCGGACUUGGUACUGGAUACCAAGCGGCUAAUCCAGCAAAUGAAAGAUGAAAUUGCCUCCGAUAUGGCAACCUUGGAAGACGAGGAUGAGGUUUACGACGAUGAAUAUUACGAAGAAGACGAAUAUGGCGACUGGACUGAAGGUGACGAAAUGAUGGAGGAGUGGGACUCCAACGAAGAGUACGACUUGGACGAAAAUGGAGACUAUUUCGAGUAUGAAGAUGAAGACGAUGACGGUUCAGUGAUGUUCAGCGAGAUAGCGCCUGAAGAUGUUGUAGAUCCACUGGGUAGGGCCGCAGAGUCAACCAAUCACAUAGAGGAAAGGAGGAUUGAAGAAAACAAACCGGAACUUCCAAAGAUGAAUGCAGCUAUGGUGCGUGAGGUUGAACGCAACAGUGCAUCCGAAGUCAGUGACCUUCCUCUGGAUAGUGAUUUCAAUGAUACGCUAAGCGUUAUAGAACAAUCGGUUGGUGAGGUUACGGAUAUCUUGAGCUUGGCGGUGCGAGGUCUUGCAGGUGAUAACCAGCAGGAGUAUGAAGAAAUGUCUAGCGCAGAAACCGUUCAAAACAGUCCCGAGAUCAGUGAAAUCAGCGAAGUUACGCUCGUUGCUGAUGCUACAGAGUCCACAGAGCAUACACUGGUUGCCGAGGAAAACUUGAACUUGACCAUGAAAAAUGUUCAAACUUUGUUGAACGCCAAGUUGGUAAUAGGGUCAUUUAUAAAAACGGCGCAACAGGUUGAAGUAAUUGACGCACAACAGGAAGAUGCUAAUCAAGUGGAAGGAGUAGGGGAAAACACUACGCCAUCGCAACUUGAACCAGAGCAGUCACACCAAUCGGUUGCUGAUACUGCGCGACCGGAGCUCGAAUCAGUUCCACAAGAGACAAGCAUUGCUGCAGCCGUUUCUUCCGGUACUAUAACAAAAGACGUAACUCAAUUACUCGCAGAAGCUGAGACUGCAUCUGCUACACACGUAUUGGAUGCCACUAUUGAAAUGCUGAACUCAGUUGCUAGAGAUCUCAGCGAACAACUCCGACAGGUUUCGCCAAUUGAAAAUGAAAUGAUGCAAGAAUACAUCGAAGAAACUCCGAACACACAAGGUAACAUUCCGGAAUACGCAACUGUGAACAAAAACAAGACCACAGGUCAUUUGGAAUUGAUAAAGAAUGAUAAUCAAGAACAAGUUAACCAAAAAUUGGAGAAUGAUAUGCCUGAAUACGUAAACGUUGCAGAAAUUCAAAACAUGCUGAAAGAAAAUGGUAUUGCCAACACUUCUGAGCAAUCACUGCUGAUCGGACAUAUGAAUAACGAAGCAGCUACACAGGCCAUUAAAAAUCCAGAACAUUUAACUGCUGUUGAAGAAACAAUGGUACAAACAAAUGCCAGUGAAUCUAAUGAAACGACAUCUGCACUGUUCAAUGCAGUAGACAAUAAAUCUGGUCUUGCACCAUCCAUGGACACAGAAGUGCAUGUUUCGAGCACAACUACCCCAAUCCAAAUGCCAUCCGAAAGUGUUCAGAAUGCAACAGUUGGAAACGUUGAUCAGGGUAUAGAUUCAAUUCAUACAAAUCAAAUGCAACCGCAUCCCACACUUCCUGAAAUAGUUCAACCUGUAAUAAGUGCAGUUGUGGAUCAGAUUUCUGCUGAAGAAGGCGUUGCUACUGUCAAAGAAAUCUCGGUUACAACGGAUUCUACUUUAUCUGAAAAACAAGUAACAAUAUUGCUAGACAAAGAAAUGUCGAGUGACGACGAGUCUAGUGCAGCAAGUAUUGUAGCUUCACCUGUGAUACGUGGGCCAUCUACAUCAAGCCCAGAAGUUACCAUUUUGAAUCAUAUGAAUCAAGAUGAUGAGGCACCUGUGACAACUACAGUAGACCACGACGAAAUUCAUAAUUUGGUUGAACCAAACCACCAAAACUCUGCAAGUAAUGGACUACCUGCAGACAAUUCAUUGAACAUAGAAGCGAUUUCUGAGCCGAGUCAAACAGUUCAAAGUAUACAAGAAACCACAAUAGUAUUACCCGUCAAUCAAGCCCCUGUUCGACUCUCUGCAUCGAACGACCACAACAGCACUGAUCAAAUAACGACUUCAUCGUUGAACAGUACAUCUGAUAUCGAACAUGAAACAUCUGUGGAUCAUCAAGCUGUUUCGCCAACAAUCACCAAUGGAGAACUACAUGAUGGAACUCGACGUUCAUCGACAUCUCGUGAACCAUCGGAAGAAUCGUCAAGUUUUAUUGAAAUUCAACCUUCACAAGUGAUCAUUCAUUCACCAAACUCUGAGGAUUCAUCAUCUGAAGCUCAAUCGCAGUCAUCCAACAUCUACGAAAACGUCCAAACUACUUCAUCGAUUCGAAAACCAUCUCCCAAUUCUUCAAAAUUAUCCCUAAAAAUGCCUAGUCCAACGUCAGCACAGACCACAACUAACAAAAAACAGUCCGUACCAUCUACACCAACAACUCCAUCUGGCAUGAAAACCACAAAACCCAUCAAAGCUAAAACUAAACCAGUCACUGAUACCAAAAAGAAAACCACCACCGCAUCCGAUUCCUCAAGCCGUAGAAACUCUCUUCGCAAGAACUCCAUUGGCAGUCCAUUCGGCUCUCUGCAGACCAACACCGUCAAAAACAUGCAGAAAGAGUUCCUCAACAAGACACAGAAAGAAUCAUCGAAAUCGACCACCAUCACGCCGAAACCAAAACCAUCCAAACUGGUGCAACCGAAGGCCUUCAUUAAUAAUAAGCUUAUCAACCCUAUUGCCACGCCCACUCAGCCGAACGGUGCGGCGAGCACUAGCAAAGCUGCCACAUCGUCCGGAGAACCGGGAUCAUCCCGUUCCACACCUGGGCCUAGUUCAUCCAAGGGCACCACGCCCGGGGGUUCCCGCGAGAGUUCGGUCACCUCCGAGCAGAAACGGAAGCUUCGAAAGAAAUACAUGGAAACGUGCUUUAGCGAUGACUACUUCACCUCGGAUGACGACGAUGACUACACCACCACGGUCACGGAAAGCGACAGCCACACGAUCAUACGAUCGUUGGUGCAACCGUUCGAACCGAGCGAAGAACCGCUGGAAGUACAAGCACGUCGUUUGCUGGACGAAGGCCACGUGAUGACUUACCAGCAAGCGGAACUGGCGGUCCAGCUGACCGAAAUGCGCUACUCCAAGGACAAUGCGAUCUGGGCUGCGACUCAGUGCCACACAAUCGACGAGGCCAAGGACCUGCUGCAGAAGGAGUGUGAACUGUGCCUGGGAGUGUAUCCGAUGAACGAAAUCAUAUCGAUGCUCAAGUGCACGCACACCUGCUGCCUGGAUUGCGCAAAAGUUUACUUCACCGAGGAAAUCAUGCACCGAUCGAUUACCAACUGUAACUGCCCCUACUGCAAGGAACCGGAUUUAAACAACACCGACGUCACGAACGACGAUAUUGUGGAGUAUUUCUCUAAUCUGGACAUUCUGCUGAAGAACAUCGUAGAGGCGGACGUGCACGAUCUGUUCCAGCGGAAGUUACGCGACCGGACGCUGAUGCAAGAUCCGAACUUCAAGUGGUGCGUGGACUGUUCAUCCGGAUUUAUCUCGCGGCCACGACAGAAGAGACUGAUUUGCCCGGAUUGUGGGUCGAUUACCUGUGCGUCCUGUCGCAAACCGUGGGAAUCCCAGCACGAGGGUAUCUCGUGCGAGCAGUUUGCUGCGUGGAAGGAGGCGAACGAUCCCGAGCUGCAAGCCCAGGGCGUGGCCCGACAUCUGCAAGCGCACGGCAUCAGCUGCCCCAACUGCAAGUUCAAGUAUUCGCUGUCACGUGGCGGAUGCAUGCAUUUCACCUGUACCCAGUGCAAGUUUGAGUUUUGCUUCGGCUGCAAUAAGCCGUUCAUGAUGGGCGCCAAAUGUGACGUGUCGCCGUACUGUGCCAAACUGGGACUCCACGCGCAUCAUCCGAGGAACUGUCUGUUCUACCUGAGGGACAAGGAUCCGAAAGAUCUGCAGUCAUUGCUGGUGAUGCACAACGUUAGCUACGACACCGAACCAUCCGAGCUGAUGAAACGCGAGUUCCUGGAAGGCGGAGGUGCAUCUAUGAAGUGUCCUAUUCCCUUACAAAGGGAAACGCCAGCUGGCCUGAUGGACACCAUUUGUAAUGGUGAAGUACCUGACGGAUACGCUGGCCUUUGCAGAAUACACUAUGUAGAGUAUCUGGUAGGUGCGGUAUCCAAGGCACAAGUCGAUCCCCUGCCAAUCCUGGACCUGACCGAUUGUGUCCAGGAAUUGCGCAGAAGGGGGAUCCCACUGCCGGAACGGGGUCCUUGGGAUACCGACGCAAUCUACCGAGAAAUGUGCCAGAAGAUUGUCAAAGAACAAAUCCCACUGAAUUGAAGAGGAAGAUGCGUCAGGAACAACUCGGAAUCAACAUUUUGUUGCAGGCGUAAAAGUAAUGAAUUCGGUCAUCAGUUUAUGUAAAGAAACCUAAGAUACUCAAGUUAGCCUAAAUUCACUUUUAAAUAUAUAUUGUUUCCAUCACUCAACAUUUUUACAUUGUGCUAUUGAUUACCUUCUCACACUUAGCAAAGGUGACUUACUUUGGUGUUAGAAUUUCGACAAAACUUAUCAAAGUUCGAUGAUGUUUCAUCGAAGUCGGUGAUUUUUCCUUAGUAUUCCUACUUACUAUCCGCUGAUCUUUCUCAAUAAAAAGUACAUAUGUGACAUUAUACUUGUUUUGCCAAAUAAAAACAAUAUUACAGUUACA